AUGGAUGAUGUUGAAGCCCAGCCGACCGGCAAGCAAUCUCAGGAGAACCACGCAGCCAUUACCAAAGCUAUCAGAACGCACCGAACCGAGUUCGUGAAGCCAUCCUACACUGGAGGUCUCCCCGCCCAAAGCACCGCCCGUCCUUGGGCGAUCCAUCCCACGGCCAAGGCACCUGUCACCGGCGUAGUGGCCUCCAAGUCCACCAUGCUCAAGGCGUGCUACAAGGAUAUUAGUACGGAAUUUCACCACAAACGAAAACAAGAGGAAGAAGCAAAAGCUUGCUGCACCUGUGGGAGAUCCUGA